AUGGUUGAAGAUGAGCCGGUAGCACGAACGCCAAAGUAUGCAAGCUUCAGCCCAAGCAAGAAGGCGGAAGAUGAAACGAAAGUUGGCACUGUCGAUGUCAGCUACGUGGACCCCUUGUCCCAGAAGGUUUCCAGCAAAGAAGUUUAUGUAGAUCCGGAAACGUGGUCGAUGCGUGCCAACACCAUGCGUUUCCUCAUCAGCGCCGACCUUGUGAACCUUGUGACCGAGUCACAAAUGGUGCGACGGAAGCGCUUCAGGAAGGCCAAGAAGGUUAUGGAGGAGACGCGGCUGGCGUUCCUGGUGGAUCUGUGGAAGCUCCGAGGGUUGGUUGGCAGAGUGCAUCGAGCCGUUGAGGUCGAAGAGGAGCUUGUGGCAGCUGCUCUCGACGAGCCCUGUCCCGUUCGCUUCUUCGUCCCCGAGAUGUACUUCGACGAUCACACGCUGGACUGCAUCACCAAAGCAGGGGCAGGUUUCUCGGGCUAUCUUCUCGAAGAGAUCCGGAUCUUGCAAGAGCGAUUGGAUCUCCUUGGCGGAAAGAACUGGCGGAACCUGCUGGCCUAUGCUUUAAAGUACAUGAAGACCACUGAGAUCGGCGAGAUUGUGGUGGAUGCAUUUCCGGACGUUUCCACCCGUCGGACCGUCGAAAAUGCGAUUACCCGUGGUUUGUGGGACCAGAUCGAGGAGUUGCAGCCGGUGGUGGACGACUUGGAGGCCGAAAUGGUGCAGAUGAGACUUUUGGAGGAUUGCGACGCCCGAGUCGAGGCAGUCCAGGAGGACAUCGCCAGGAAGCUGGCAGCCAUCAGCUCCUUCAAUGAGCGACACGUGACAGCGGUGACCAGGCUUCAGGAGCCAGAUCCGGUGAUUCCUCCGGACUCUGCGUCUGAGAUCGAAGAAGAAGAAGACGAGGAAUCGGAAUCAGAUCCUGACGACGAGAGCGCCACUUCCAGUGUUGCCGAUGCCUGGGAUGAAGAAGAGGAGAUUCGAAAGUUCAUCGCUGCGCAGGGGCAACCUCCUUCCAAGGCUGAGCUGAAGAAGCUGCGGAAGUCUGUUGCGCAAGACACGAAGAUCGCGAAGUUGAAGUCGCAGAAGGAGUCACGCCAGCAGGACAUGGAGGGACAGAAGAGAGCACGGGUGAAGAGUCUGCUGGCCAAGUGGGAGAAGAGCGCCAACGAGGCGCAGGAAGAGGUGAAGGAGCUGGAUCUGCCCUUGCAACGGGCAGAGCACAAGACAAACCAGGAGAUCGACGAGGAGGUUCUCAAAGAGGCGGAAGCGGCCAAAGCCAUGGAAGCCGAGGCGGAGACUCUGGCACAAGAGGCCUCGGCAGCGACGGAGAAAGCGCAGGAGCUCACGGCCCAGGUGGAGGAGCAGACUGCGGCGGCCGAGCAGGAGAAGGCGGAGGUGACAGAGCUGGUCCAGGAGAAGGCGAGCCUUCCUCCACCGGAUCCUCGGAGUGGACUCCUGCGGAGGCUGGGAGAGGAACAGGUGGAGCUCAUGAAGCAGACGAAGGUUUACAAAGAGAAAGUCCUUCAAAUCAAGGGCCGACUCCGGCUCUUGAAGAUGGAGCUGCGGGAGCUCUACCGCAUGCUCGGUUGGGCCUGGGAGGACUCGGACAGUGACGACGACGGCGAAGAGAAGCCUUACUGGCUUCGAAAGCGCCUUGCAAAGAAGACAGCCACAGAGAAGAGACCCUUCAACGAGCACCACUUCCUCAACCAGGAGGACAAAGUCAUGGACAGGAGAAUCAAGCGGAUGGCUAGCCAACGGAAGCUGAAGGACACCAACACCAUCAUGUCCCAGCUGCAGGCGGCGCGCCGAACGUGCAAAGCAAAGGACCUGAAACGCACGCAGAGCAUGGGCGAUUCGCUGACAGAGAGCAGCGUGUUGCCCUUCAAAGUGCCAGAGCAAAAGAGAUCCUUGGAGCACCGGGCUUCAGAGGAGGCACCGGAGGAGCGGGACGGUCAACGCUCCGCACCGCGCGCCUCGGCCGCCUCGGGUUCUCAGGGAGGCUCCGGCGCCCGACAGCUGCGGCAGCUGCGGGAGAUCUUGGAGUCGCAAUUGCGGACGUGUGCAGAGUGCUUCCGGGCCUUGCUUGGCGAGGGUAGCUCCGAAGGGCUAGCAGAGCUGCGGCCGCGUCUUGACCGGCUUCUGGAAUUGCAGCUCGGGCUUGGGAAGGAUGAGCUUAACGAGGAUCAGUCUGAGUACGCCGAGCAGUUGUGCAGAGCGGAGGACAGCUUCGCAGCUUUGCAGGGCCUGAUUGGUGAAGCUGUUGGCUACGGCUCCUCGGAGCUGCGCCAGUCACUGGAUGUUGGUGAGCUUCGACGGCGCCUCUCGGAUAUCCGCGCCAGUCAGCGCCAGCUGCAACACGAGCUGCGGAAGCUCGCGCAGCCAAGGCGCUCAGUAUCCACCCCGUUUGAGACCGAGUUCCUGCUGUCCAGCUCGCGCAUGUCGAGCCACAGCAUGUUGUCAAUGAACGAAGCCCCUCCCUCGCAAGAUGGUGAUGCCUCGCUGGGGUUCAAAGAGCCCGGGGUCGGAGGCAAUGGGAAGUUGCAGGACCUCAGAAGGAAGACUGGACGAAGCGGCACUCGUCAAGGAAGACCCGAGGCGGUUGACUUUGGCUUUCGCCCGGAUGGUGCGGGCGAGGAGUCUGUGGAAAGUUGGUCUCUUUUCAAGGUCAGCAAGGCCGCGGGAGAUGCUGGAGGAGCCACGGUGGGUGACCCAUCAGCGACAGGCUCGCUUUCCGGCACUCGCCCGGGGCGCGUUAUCCGGCCACCAGGCGACCGAAACCGAGCCCAGGAGUCCAAGAUGUCCAGGCUCCAGAACGUGGCUUUGUACUGCGACUUCAGCGACUACAUGUCGCAGCUGCAGCAGUCUGCCACGGAGAUGUGGCACAGCGCUUCAUCCCCGGAGCUUGGGAAGAAGGGUCCAAGCCUUCCUGACUUAGUCAAAACAAAAGCCCCGGAGGAGCUGUCCCUGGCUGUUGCAUCAUCCACAGGCAAGGGCCGCUGGAAGUUUUCAAACUGCUAUGGCGGUCGCAAAAAGGCUCCGCCGGAUGCGGCUUGGACGACCAGUGGGUGGUAG